AUGGGGGGAGAAGAUGUAAAAGAUUUGGCAAGAAGAAUUAUUACCACGGCCGAAGCACUAGAUAUGCUUAUUAUUGCUUCUCAUAAUGUUCAUUAUUGCGAGAAAAAGGAAAAAUUACUCAAACAGAUUAUUGUGGCUAACGAGGGGAUGAAUAACACGAAACAUUAUCUUUAUUACGAAGCGACUUGGGAGGGAAAACAAGAUAGAUUUGCUGAUUUGCCACUCCAACACUUGCUUACUCUGGAAGAAAUGAACCCCCAAAAAAUAGUAAACCUUAUUGGCAAAGUUGAUAUUAAGCAGCCGCCACUUAAUUACUCGGCUACGGAAAAUGUGCGGGGGGAAGAAAGCGAUUUAAUAACGGCUUACACUCAGCGAGCCAAUGAGUUAUUUGGGGAAAUCUGGCCGGAGUUUGGUCGUUAUGUUUUUAUUUAUUGGUUGGCUUAUAAAGUAGUAAAAAAGACCCAUGCCGAUGGUUAUUUAGUUGGCUCCCGGGGUUCAAUUGGCUCUUCUUUCAUUGCUUAUUUGUGUGGGAUUACUGACUUAAAUCCUUUGCCUUUUUAUAAGUUUUGUCCGGCUUGUCGUUACACUGAACUUUAUCAAGCCCCGGACCGAAUUUUCUCUUGUUAUGAUUACCAAAAACAAGAAAAUUGUCCUCAUUGUCCUAAUUUAUUAACUAUGGAAGGACAUAAUUUACCUUUUGAGACCUUUUUUGGUUGGGAAGGGGAAAAGUCGCCUGAUAUUGACCUUAAUUUUUCCGGAGAUUACCAAAAGUCCGCUCAUAAUUACGUGCGGCAACUGCUCGGGGAAGACGCG